AUGGCUCCGGCGAUGAUGUCUUCGCCCGCCUCUUCGCCGCCUCCCUUGGAUCCCGACUCCGCCCCUCUCUCCCCCGAACCACGGAUCCUCAAGUCCCGCCUCGUCGCCGGCGAGACCCUCUACGGCCUCUUCCUCUUGUGCUCCUCCCCGACCCUCGCCGAGAUCACCGGCCUCGCCGGCUACAACUACGUGGUCGUCGACAUGGAGCACGGCUCUGGCGGCAUCGUGGAGGCCCUCCCCUGCCUCCGCGCCCUCGCCGCCACCCGCACCCCGGCCAUCCUCCGCCUUCCGAAGCUCUCCGCCGCCUGGGCCAAGAAGGCCCUCGAUCUCGGCCCCCAGGGCCUCAUGUUCCCCAUGAUCGAGUCCCCCGACGCCGCCGAGACAUCACUCCUAUUAUCUGCACUCGCCAAGAAAUUUGCGAUCUUCUCUUUGUCUUCACCUCGUCCAUAA